AUGGACGUCCACAACGCUGGGUCCUCGACCGCUACUGCUAGUUAUGCAGAGUCCAACGCUUUCUCGGCGUUGGAUCUGUCCGAGCUUCUGGAUCUGUCCGACUUUGCUUUCGAUCAGCCACCCGAUGCUUUUGCUACAUCAGCGUCUCAUUCAGCGCCUUCGCCCCAUCUUCCGCCGAGGUCUCCCGCGACGGCAUCAGAAACAACCACGAGCUCACGGUCCGAACAACAAUUGGCAAUGAUGCGAGCGCGUUUAGCCCGUGGUCAAGGUACUUUCGCCUCUGCGGACGCUACCAGCGUGGAUCUCGGGGCGACAAGCGAUUGCCAGGGUACAACGAAGACCGGCACCGAUGCCUUCUUUGACGGUUUCGCAAAAGCCGUGCCCAUGCUUGGUCCACGCACUCACUACUAUUACUAUCUCUCCCGUGUACUGCCGGAAGAGAGCCCCUCGAGAAGAAUGCUCAUGCUCGCUAUUGCAACGAUCGGGACUUCGACUCGCCUUGGAUCAGAAUCACAAGCCGCAGCUGACAUGAGAUCGCGGUUACGCGAGGCGUCGCGCGAUGCCUAUGCAGUCAACACACUGGACUCUACCGGGACUGCCGCUGAAUCUUUGGCCAUGACGCAGUCUCUUCUUCUGCUGGCUUACGUGGAAUAUGGUUGCAACGAGAUCACUCAAGCAGCAGCCAACCUCACGAAAGCAUCUUCCAUCGCCCUGCAGCUGGGUCUUAACAUGGUCGACCAGCCUGGUUCUGCUUCAUUCCAUGUCCUCAAUCAACAAGACUUCCUCGAGCAUUCGCCGCACGGCCCGGCUUUCUUUGCAGAAAUGUGUCGCAGGACGUGGUGGGAGCUAUACCUCUUUGACACGAUGCUCCAUGUGUCAACAAGCGGCAAAAUGGCGCAAACGCUCGACACAGAAGCGCUUGUAGUCGAUGUGCACGUGCCAGCUGACAUCGGCUGCAAUCAAGCAAGGCCUCGGUCUGGACAGGCAUAUGAGAUUCGUAUCAAAGCUGCCGCUCUCGUUCGGCAAUGCAUCAAGCCUCCCGAACAUCAGCAAGAACCCAAUUUGGACCGACUACAAGCCAUCGACACGAUGCUGAGCAACCUCAUCGUGAGGGCGCAACGACUGUGGGCCAAUGCGACGUCAGUCUUAACCCUCUGCCGGACCGGAAGGCCAGUGGGAAGGUUUGGGCAGGGAGCGAGUCUCCAAGACAACGACAGUCGAUGGGCUCAGGAGAUGGAAGCCGAAGUUCUGUUUGCAGCGAUUCUGAUGCUACAUGCGAGUCGUAUCCAGCUGCAUCGUCAGGCCUGGUUCAACGACCUUACGCUGGACUUCUCAUCUUGCUCGUUCAGGGCUGGUUCACCCCCAACAGAUGAGGCAGGCGCAAGCCAAACAUCGUCGCUGGCAUCCCCAGAUGCUUUGACAAAUGUCAAAGAGAUUCGCCACAACAUGCUCUCGCUGAGCGUGGCGAGAAUCAUUUCUUCGUCGGACGCUAUCUUGCGGCACAUCCGCUCGGAUCAGCAACGAUAUUCGACCUUGAAGCUAUCGGAACUGGCACAGGAGUCUCCCAGCACGGUGACGAUGCCAGUCCACUGGCCUUUCUUUGGCUGCUGCAACAUGGUGGCUGCGUACGGGUAUGUCGUUGCCUUGGCAGCAGGCGAGAGCAGCGAGGAAUCACCGGACUUUUCUGCAGGGCAUGGCGGCAUGUCCGUACAAGGCGUUUCGCCCGCUGCCGAUACGGCAUCACAGACCGGGAACAUUCCGAGGCUCGCCGAUCCUAUGCAUUCUUUGGAUCCGUUGGUGCCAGGCCUUGGUCGGGCUAAUUGCAACCAGUCGACCAGCCAGAGCAGCAGCCCGGGCGAUCGGCGAGAGUUGUGCCCUACGCGGGGGAACGAUUCGUCCGUGGUAUGGAAGGCGAGACUUGCACUGAGCAACAUCGGGUUUGCAGAGGCGACACUGAUCGAGUACAGCCAGCUGUGGCCCAUUUGUGACGUGCUCAGAGCAGAGGUGUCUCUCUGUCGUGCAGCUGUCGACUUCAGCGGCCCGACAGGGUUGGAUGUGCCAUGA